AUGAUUUCUGCAGGCGGUGAAUUCUGGGGUGGUUGCAUGCAAUCUGGCGGCGGCCCCUGUGGUGGGCCGGGCCGGAAUCCGGCGGGCAGGGCAGCAUCGACGUCGUCAGCGGCUGCGUCGCCAUCUUCUUCGUCAUCAGCGGCGUCACACUUAGAGUCAUUGCAGCAGCAUCAGCAACAGCAGCAACAGCAGAUAGGUUCUAGGCAGGUGUGGAUUUCGAUUGGUUUAGCUGAAUUUCUGUGA